AUGCGGCGUUCGACGCGAUUAGAAGCCGCUUCCGGUGCUCGUGCCCCACGUAUGUCGAAAUUGAUUGCACAACAUGCCCAACACGUCCGUCAGGCUGUAGAUGAGUCAGAGAACGAGUGGAAACCUGAUGAAGAAGCAGAUAGAAACUUUGUGGACUUUAUCUCAUCGAAAGGAAAGAAAAUAGCGAAACGUCGAGUGAAGAAGAGGAAGAUCAUUGAUAGUGAGAGCUCGGACCAGGAGAAGAAAAGCCCUGGCUCUCGAGCUAAUUUGAAAAGGGUCAAGAAAGUUAAACGGACGUUAAAAAGGCUGCCUAUGGCAUUACAAGUACCAGCUCAAGCCAAGGGGAAACGGACGGCUGUAGUAGCUGGGAAACGUGCUACAGCUGCAGUGAAAUCAGAAACAAAGCGGGAUCAAAAGGUACCACAACUUUUGAUGAAGGUUAAGGACGAGGUGUCGGAGGCACAUCUACGACCGGUGAAGCAGCAAAAACGUGCCAGUAUGCAAGUAAAGGCUGAUCGCAGACCUCAAAAGACGACGGUAUCGUACAGUAGCGUGCAGUCGAACUACACACUGGACAACUUUUUCGAUGAGAUUCUAGAGUGGAAGUUUCUUGAAGCAUUGAAGCGAGAAAUGCAGACUAAUCAUUCGUAUCAUACGGCAAAUGAAGGCUCAGAGGAAGGCGAGGUUGAGGUUGGAAAAGUACCGAGUAAGUUUCGCUCAUACGAGCACUACUUGUCAGUGUGGAAACCACUGGCACUUGAAGAAGUGCAAGCACAAACGAUCAAUGCUGUGACAACGGACCAUCCUAGCCCAACACUGGUCACUGUGAAGGGUUUUGGAGCCACGUUCAUAUCGAAGAGCUGCAAGAUUCGUGCUUUUUCGGGUGUGGACUCGAAAAAGCAAAAUGGUUCUGGCAUGCGGCGUAAUCAACUCUCUGACUUGUUCAUGAACGAUUUGGUGCUCAUGUCUCCCGACCCAGACUACUUUCGUAAAGCUCUGGCUUCGUCUAAAGGUGAGCAUAGCUUGAAAAGUGAAGCGAACGGGAAAGCCGAGCCAGAUAUUCCUCUUGUAGGAUUUCUGGCAAUUGUGUCAACUCAGAGAGCGUCAAAAGAGGGGCUGACCAUGACAAUAUUAAAGUCAGCGUUGGGUGCACUGGAGAAAGAAGAAAACAUCUACCUCUUUAAGCUCAACAAUCUGGUAACCAGUGUUCGCGAGUUCCGUGCGCUUUGUGAUUGUAGUCAUUACGGGCUAUUGCCGUUGCUGUUGUCAGGCGAAUACAAGCAAGGAACUAUGCAGCUUGAUUCGCUGGGUCUAAAAUAUGUCCAAUGGCUUUCAAGAACUUUCAACGAAUCGCAGCGAGAAGCCAUCACAGCUGCAGCAACAUCAGAGGGGUUCACUCUGAUAAAGGGUCCUCCAGGCACAGGAAAAACCACAACGCUCAAAGGUCUGCUCAACUCAUUACACUUGCGCGAGUAUAAUCGGUAUUACAAUGCUGUAUUGGAUGUGGCGUGUCGUCCGGAUAACGAGACAGCAAAAGCAUGGGCUCAGGUGAAAAAUGAAAAGCCUCAUAUUUUAGUCACUGCACCAUCCAAUGCUGCAGUUGACAAUAUUGUUAGCAAGGUGAUUGAAGAAGGUUUCUGUGAUGGCGAAGGGCGACGGUACUUUCCUAAAAUUGUUCGCGUUGGACGAGGCUUGAGUGCAAAUGUGCAAAGCGUUGGUUUGGAUAAUCAAGUCGAUCAAAUUUGCAGCCAACCACUCGAUAUUCUUGAGGGCCAAAUUGGUCGCUUGCGGCACGAGCUGAUGGUGGUUGAGCACGAUUCGGUUGUUUUGCGCAAUCAAUUGCGGAAUAUUGUUGCAUGGAUCGAGCACGACCCUUGUAAAGCGUUACAAGAGAUUGCCGAAGCGGAAGCACAGCAAAAUAAGACUGCAGCGUCUUUGGUUGCUACGGCCAAAGCGCUACAAUCUCCUCAUCUCCCGCCGCCGCUAGAUUUACGUGUUGCUUCCCCUGAUGACCAUGUGCCACCAUCGUCUUUGCCGGCACCAACAGCCUAUCCGGAUUCUCCUCCGCCUCCUCCGUCCCCUCCUGACCCUGGAUGUACUAGUGAUCUUUCAUCUCUAGGAGGCAAAGACAGCGCUGGUACCUUUGAAGGUGAAGAAGACAAUGCUGAUGAGCUGGAAGAAGAAGAAGAGGACGAGGAAUUUCCUACUUCAUUUGGGGCCCCACCACCUGCUUGGGACGAACAGAAAACGUUUAAUGCCCAAGCAAGUGGACAAGCAUUAAACGCAUUUUUGGAUGAUGGCAGCAACUCUGAAGAAGAUGAACCGCUUCCGGUUGGAGCAAGCAAUGACAAAACCGAAGAUCAGGAAGAGCAUGAUGAGCCAUUCCCUGUUGCAUCUCAUUCGCAAACAAGUGAUGAGAUACCUGCCUCCGAAAAAGCUGAAGAAUGGAUAGGGUCGACAGCGAGCGAACCUAUUGAAAUCGAUGAUGAUGAAACCGACGAUACGCCUGAUCACUGCAAAUCGUUGCCGGACCAAGAACCAACUAUUGAAGCUCAUGAACAGGCUGGAAGAUUGUCGUUUAUUCGAAAAGAAACAAACCCGAGCCAAUAUCACGAGACAAUCGACUCACCCCAUGAUCCAUUCCCGUCAUCACCGCCUCUGCCUCCGAUAUCAUCACCGCCUCCGCCUCCGACUUCGCCACCGCCUCCACCUCCUCCAUUGUCACUACCGCUGACUGAUCUUUCUGAUGAUCAGCACCGCCCGUCGUCUCCGACUAUUAUUAUGCCUCAGUCUCCGCGUAUACCCCUACCGGCAGUAUCAGAUAUCGAUCUAAAGGAGACGAAAGAGUGGGACUCCAUUGACUACUCUCGGUUUCAGCCUUAUGUGGCUAUGGCUCAGCGGAUCAAUGGGUGUUUGGAAAAGCUUGCUGAGGUCAAACUGGAGUUACAGCGGCACGAAUUUGCUCGACAAGCAGUCUGUGAGAUGAGAGGAAAGUUGUCGCAAUCAACACGGCAGUCAUUAGAAGUUUCGUUCCUGGAUACAGCUCAUAUUGUGUUCACCACAUUGAGCAGUGCAGGUGUCGCUGCACUGGAUGCGAGUGCGCGAUAUGACGUGUUGGUCGUGGAUGAAGCAGCUCAAGCUGUUGAACUCUCUACCAUAAUCCCGAUGAAAUUUGGGAGCAAACAAUGCGUGUUAGUUGGCGACCCGCAGCAACUCUCAGCUACUGUCUUUUCCAGUAACAGUGGUCAUUCGUUGUAUGAGCGGAGUUUAUUUGAGCGAUUGGAAAGCUGUGAACAUCCCGUGCACAUGCUACGAACGCAAUACCGAUGUCACCCGAUGAUUUCAGAAUUUCCAAGAAAUUACUUUUAUGACGGAAAGCUUCAAGACGGAGAUAAUGUGAAGGGUGGUGCAUACGUCAAGCCGUACCACAGUCUUGGCUCAGCAUUCAUGCCACUGGUGUUUUGGAACCUGCUCAGCAGUCGUGAAAAUUCCACCAAAUCAGUGUCACGCAUGAAUGUCGGUGAAGCUGAACUGGCAGUGAAUUUAUACCUCACUCUGAAGAAUUCCUGUCCUCCGGAUUCUAUCACUGGGAAGGUCGGUAUGAUUACACCUUAUAGCCAGCAAAUGGAGGAGCUAAGGAAUCGUUUCCGCCGUGCGUUGGGCAAGCACUAUGAGCAAGAGGUCGAGAUCAAUACUAUUGACGGUUUUCAAGGACGCGAAAAAGACAUUAUUAUUCUGUCCACCGUUCGAGCUGAUCCGAAAGCUGGCGUUGGUUUCUUGAACGAUAUCCGGCGAAUGAAUGUAGCACUUACUCGAGCCAAGUUUGCGUGUUACGUGAUCGGUAAGGAGAAUACUCUGCGAUCCUCGAAGCCUUGGUCAGCACUGUUGGACCACGUGUAUGACAAGCAGUGCAUUGUUCAUGUGGAAAGCCCACAGUGCAAUUUACUCACAUUGCAGCCAAUGGAGCGACCAGAGGGAACAUCAAGGAGUCACUCGAUUACAGGUGCAUCGAGAAAUGCUCAGCAUCAACGUCAAGGGCCGCCACAACAAUAUGAUGUGAGUCAGAUGGAGCCACUAGAUUCUCAGCCACCUUACGGCGUUUUGGCUAAGGGUCGGAAAGGCAGAGGACGAGGAAAUGACAAGCAACGCGAAGGCCGGCGAGGUGUUCAGCGAGGAGGCCGUGGCACUCGUGGACGGGGGCGAGGAGCACCAAUGUCAUCAGGACCUCCAUCUGAUGGAUAUGGGCAAGCUUCAUCCAUGGAUAUGAUGACGAUGCAACGUGGAGGAAGACCCGUAGCAGUGAAUGCACCUCCAGAACCAGCUCCAGGGUAUUUGAAUAUCCAUGGCUUAGCUCCAGCUUUCCAUUCCACUUCACAAGAGGUUACAGGACGAUAUGCUGUCACUGCUUCUCGUCCAAUUAAUGGUGGACCAGGACGUGGUAAACCUCGAGAUCCUCGACAACGCACAGGAAGAAAGACAGGACUGUCAGGUUUUGGAGGUUGA